AUGUCGAGCGCCGCGGUGGUUGCGACAGCUCGUGAUGCUUCCUCCCAGCGUCUCGGCUUCUGUCAGCGCUGCGGCGACCCCAUCUCGGGCAAGGUGCGCUGCAGCAGGUGCGGCGGCACGAGCAAGGAGCCUCGCAUCGCCUCAACCCAGGCGCUGCCCGCAGCCAAGAAGGUCGACCACUGGGCAAGUCGAUACGUCAACGUCAGCUCCGGCCUCGCUGCACCAGACGAGCUCGACAUGGAAUACACCCACAAUCAGCCGCCACCGCUGUCGCCCAAGCGCGCGAGUUUCGACCCCGCCCUCGGGUUCGGUAUGCCGUCGCGCAUCUCUCGCGACCUGCGCAGCACUGCUCCCAAGGCUGAUGCCCCGCUGAGCGAUGCGCACGAUUCUACCAGGCUAAGCCCCGCAGUCACUGACGAUGCGCCGAGGCGAACAAGCCAGGACUACACCGCGCCCGUCCUCAAGGGCUCCGACGGCGUGCUAUCCAAGGUGUGCGGCUCGCUCGUCGAGCCGUCCGAGUCGCGCAAUCGGUGGGCCUGUGCCGACUGCGCCGCCGUAUUCGCACGCGAUUCGACGCUCUACGCCGCACCCGCCUCGCUCUCUCCUCCCGACGCCGCAUACUAUUGUCGAGACUGCUACGCUCGGCGAUACAGUCUCGGUGCCUGCGCCGCGUGCGGCCUCGACGUGCUCGGAUCCACCAGGGAAGACGGCAAGUACGUCAAGUCCGCCAACGGCAUCUGGCAUGGGAGGUGCUGGAAGUGCUCGGUGUGCGAUAAGCGCACCCAGGACGGUGUAGAGGUGCUGGUGGGUAUGGACGGUAGACCGACCUGCGAAGGAUGCUUUGAUCGUCCGCGACGUGCCCCCUCCGCCGAACCUCCUGCUGCUCAGCGUCAUACGGAGGCUUUGCCGGAUGUGCGUAGGCUCACCCGCACCGCCAACAGGAACGGCGCCAUGGGAGCGACCAUCGCCGAGUUGACGAAAAAGCUCGGGCAGCAGACGGUAGCUUCUCCGCGCCUCGCGGCGAGUCGCUCGAGCUCAAGCACUUCGCUGCUCCACUCGUCGUCGUCCAAGAGCUCCGUCGAUGCACCCGUGUCUCCCGCCGCUGCGCAGGGUGUUUUUGGCGGCGCGAAUGCAUUCCGCGACGGCCUCAACCUCGCUGCGUUCCAGCCGUCGUUCGGCGUCGAUGCGGAGCGCGUGCAUCGACGCGACUCGCGCAGCCGCAGCGUAAGCCCCGUCAAGCGACCUAGCUGGCGCACCGUCGCAUCCACCCCUCCCGCUGGGGGCGCAGACGCAGAGAAGCCGAGCUGCAAGGUGACUAGUCCUGCGCUUGACUCCGUCCCGCAGACGCUGAGCAUCGGUGUGGAGUCGGGACGUACGGCCUCGAGCGGCUUUCCGCGUCCACACAACUCUCCGCUCGCCGAGCGAUCCGAGCCGCUGCAGGGUGAGAAGCCCUCGCGUGGCGAUGCACUCGAGCCGGCCGAGGGCAGUGUGCGCUGUGCAGCGUGUGGGCAACUUCCCUUGCACCGCGCCACGCAGCAAGCUGUUAUGGUCACCCUGCCGGAUGACGUGCACCUGCAUGCCGAGUGCUUCCGCUGUGCGGUUUGUUCCGACACCAUCGAUGGGACCAAGACAUUCGUGCGUGUCGACGAAGGGUAUGCACCACUUGCACCCGGCUUGAAGGUGUAUGCGCAUCCACACUGCUCGCCUACCGUCCAGCUACGUGUCGUCCAGCGUGGCGCGGAGGCCGAGGCUGAGGGACAGAGGAGCUAUCGGGCAAGUUUGGAUCCGAAUGCGGGGCGAAGCCAUGCAACUCACCAGCGUGAACUUCGACCCAGCCCAGUUCCCUCGCCUGCCACCUCUGUUCGCGAUAAACCCAUCCCUCGUCCAACCGUCCUACCUGCCGUCGAGGGCGCGAGUGAGGUUCGACGAUUCCAACCCACCGCAGGUGCAGCCCCACCCACGCGGUCCACCAUCCUGUCAACGCCUCGAGGGGCGGUAAAUCCGGCAGCAGGGAUAUUCUCGCGCAUGUCAGCCCUCUCCUCUGCCUCGGGCAACCCUGUCACCCUCAGCACCGACCGCAAGCUCGGUGGCAUGCAGUGCUGUGCCUUGUGCGGAACCAAACUGUCCUCUCUCGAAUCGGUGCUGGGACCUCGUGGCACUCAAUGGCAUAAAGCAUGCCUCGUCUGCAGAGGUGUCCCCCCUCCCGCAAAGGAUGUCUGGUCUUAUCGCAGCCAGCCCAAGACUUGCGGCAAGAAACUCGAUAGCGGCGCAAAGGUCAAUGCGCACGGAGAGGUCAGGUGCCGCGAAUGCUUCGACCGCGAAUCGGCAGCUUUCAAAAUCUCCUAA